AUGUGCGUAAUACAUGGCCUGCGUUAUAUAGGGUAGGCCGCGUAUGCAUCCGUAAAGGCAACGCGGCACCUGCGACGCACAUGCGAGGCUGACCUUUACGUGACGCUCUUUUUCGUGCGCUUGAUUCUGUAUCUCACUCCCCGAAGUCAACACAGUCGCAGUGUCUCGAAGCAAGUCGCCACACCCGCGUUGUUGCUAACUCAGUCGCGUCGUGUGUACCGUUGUGUUGUUGUUUUUUUUUUUCCGCGGUGAUCGUGAAAUGGCGGCCAUCGAGGAUUCAGUGCGGAUACUAUCACCGCUGACUUCGUGGCUCCACGAGUACGUCCGUAUCAUACGAAAACACGGCAUCGCGCGCGUUUCUAAGCGCAACUACGUCCGCGAAGAAGAGGGCCGCGUGGUUCUGUACACGACCUCGAUGGGCGUCAUCCGGCAGACGUGGGAGCAGUGCCGUCGCGUGCGCAAUACUCUGCAGACGCUGCUGGUGCGCUUCGAGGAGCGCGACGUGUUCAUGAACCGCACGCACCAGAAGGAGCUCAUGGAUCGCACGGGACUGCGGCACGUCGUCGUGCCACAGCUGUUCGUCGAGGGACACCACCUUGGUGGAGCGGAAACAGUAGAGCGCCUGAAUGAAACCGGUCAGCUCAGGCAAAUGCUUAAACCAUACAAGAAGAGCAGCGUGGGAGGCACGUGCGCCAUGUGCGGAGGCUACCAGUACCUGCCUUGUCCCGUGUGUGGCGGCAGCAAGAAGUCGGCGCAGCACAGGCACCGCUUCUCCUCCUCCGUCAUCUUCCUCAGGUGCCUCAACUGCGACGAAGGUGGCCUGGUGCGCUGCCAGCUCUGCAUCAACGGCGACAGUUGAGCGGGCCGCCAUUGCGCCCGCACGGCGGCAUCGGCGCCAGGCCGAGAUGCGCAGUCCCGGAUGAAAUAACCACGGAGGACAGCGGCAACUUCGAGCUCCGGUUCCACCCUCGCACCAUUGAGAGACUUGGCCUGUGGUGUUGUGCGUUUCGUGAGCCACGAGCUUUUGCACGCUUCACGGACGUACAGCGGAAAGGAAAAAGGACAGGACAAUCCGACUAGCAACCUUGAGCGCAACUCCGAUGGGGGGGUCACUGUUAUUGCUGAAACGCGGUCCCGGCUGCCCAGUGCGUGUGCGACCUCUAUGCGGCUGUCGUUUGUUGCUCAGCUUGCCGGAUGGCUGGAGACCCUGACGAACUUUCGACACCACGUCUCACGA